AUGGUUGACCUUGGGUCUAAUAUUCCUACUAUCACUGCUUUAUCUACCCCCUGGGGCUAUACGGUUGAUAAUAUUGAUGGUGCAAAUAUUACCUCCAGUGAAGCUAUACAAGAACCUCCAGUUAUAGAAGUUGUGUCAAAGAAAAUAGUUGAGGAGACGGUGAAUGUGAAUAAGGAUGAGGAUGAUGGUGAGAAAUGUGAGAAGGAUGUUAGUGCAGAGGAUGCAGAAAAGGAGAAAGGAGAGGAUAAGGCAGAUCAAGCUCCAACAACAGUGGCAAGAGACACUGGUGCUGGUAAAGGGAAACAAGUUUCUAUUGAUUUAGAUGAUUUUGAUCAAGGACCUAUAGACUCGAGCUCCUUAUCUCCCAUUCAAGCACUAAAAUUGGAAACUCUCACUCAAGCCAAAGCCAGUGAGGACUUUCCUAAGUUCCAUUAUAGCAACAAGGAUUUAAUAUUAUUGGAAGGAGAUAUGUUGGAGAAAAUCAUGCCAUCUUUCAAACCAAGCACAUCUGAUCCCUCCAAUAAGAUCAAGGCUUCAAAAUACCCCACUGUUGAAUUAGAAGUUGGAGCUUCAAGGGCCAACCUUUCUGGCGGAGGAGGAAGUGGGGUGUCUGCGGCGAAGCUUACCUCUACCUUUUACGAUGCUAAGUGUCCGAAAGCAUUGUCGAUAAUAAAUGCAACAGUAGCACAAGCUUUGGCCAAUGAAACAAGAAUGGGCGCUUCCUUACUUCGCCUCUUUUUUCACGAUUGCUUUGUUAAAGGCUGUGAUGGGUCCGUACUGUUGGAUGAUACAGCGAAUUUCACAGGAGAGAAAGGUGCAGCACCAAACUUCAAUUCGCUCAGAGGUUUCGAUGUCAUUGAUAACAUUAAGUCGCAAAUUGAGAGUGCGUGCAGCGGCGUGGUUUCUUGCGCUGAUAUUGUGGCAGUAGCCGCUCGCGAUUCUGUUGUACAGUUGGGAGGUCGAACAUGGCAAGUGCUGCUGGGAAGGCGAGAUGCGACGACUGCAAGCAUAAACGCUGCAAACAGGAACCUUCCAGGCCCUAGUUCCAGCCUCCGCAAUCUUAUCUCAGCAUUUAAGGCCCAAGGAAUGAAUGCCACCGAUAUGGUUACACUUUCUGGUGCCCAUACAAUCGGUCAAUCCCGUUGCAUUUUCUAUAGAUUUCGUAUCUACAGCGAAACCAACAUAGACCAGAAUUUUGCAACUUCUCUUCAAGCAAAUUGUUCCAGCAAUAGUGGUCCUACUGACAACAAUCUCGCGUUCUUAGAUGUCAAAACUCCCACUCUAUUCGAUAAUAGCUACUACCAAGAUCUGAGAAAUUUUGAGGGUCUUUUCCACUCUGACCAGGAAUUAUUUAAUAAUGGCUCAGCGGAUGCUCAAGUUACUAAAUACAGUGCUGAUCAAAAUACCUUCUUCAAUGAUUUCGCAGCUGCAAUGAUUAAAUUGGGUAAUAUCAAACCUCUCACCGGAAAGAAGGGGGAGAUUAGAAAGAACUGUAGACUUAUCAACUGA